UUCGCCAAUGCCUGUAAUUUGUGGGCCUGAAGAAAAUUAUCCAACCUUGCCAAUGUCUUCCGCUGAGAUGCCCCACACAGAGACUGUCUCUCCUCUUCCUUCCUCCAUGGACCUGCUUGCCCAGGACAGUCCUGACUCUUCCACCAGUCCCAAAGUCAAACUACCCACUUGCGGAGAGAGAAGCCCAGGGAAGAAGGAGGCGGAUACAGUCCCAGUCAAGAAGCAGAAGACCAGAACCGUGUUCACUUCCGCCCAGCUGUGUGUCCUCAGCGACAGAUUUCAGAGGCAGAAGUACCUCAGCCUCCAGCAGAUGCAAGAACUCUCGAGCAUUCUGAACCUCAGCUACAAACAGGUGAAGACCUGGUUCCAGAACCAGAGAAUGAAGUCUAAGAGGUGGCAGAAAAGUAGCUGGCCAAAGAACAGCUACAGUGUGGCCCAGGUCUCAGCACACACCUACACAGGUCUCCACUCGCCCUACCACCAGGGAUGCCUGGUGAACACAUCCGGGAACCUUCCCGGGUGGAACAACCAGACCUGGAACAGCCAGUCCUGGAGUAGCCACACCUGGAACAGUCAGACCUGGUGCCCCCCAGCCUGGAACAGUCACACCUGGAGCAGCCCCUUCCAUAAUUCUGGAGAGGAGUCCUUGCAGGCCGCCAUGCAGUUCCAGCAGAAUUCACUAGCCAGUGACUUGGAAGCCACCUUGGAAAUGGCUGGAGAAAGUCACAGCAUCCUACAGCAGGCCACUAAGUGUUUUAACACCCCACAGGCCAUGGAUUUAUUCCAUAGUUACUUUAUGGACAUGCAGCCUGAAGAUCUGUGA